AUGUGCAGCACGAAUGCUUUAAAACCCAUAAUAUGUCCAUCAAUUUUAAAUUCGGAUCUAUCUAAGCUUGCAGAAGAAUGCCAAAGGUUGUUGGACUAUGGAGCCGAUUAUCUUCAUCUUGACGUGAUGGACGGUCAAUUCGUACCCAAUUUGACAUUCGGACAUCCAGUUAUUGAUUGUCUGCGACGGAAUCUUGGACCGGAACCAUUUUUUGACGUUCAUAUGAUGGUUCUUAAUCCGGAACGAUGGGUGGAACCAAUGAAAAAGGCGGGUGCAAGCCAAUAUGUAUUUCAUUUGGAAGCCAUGGAAUCGGAUGAAAGCUGCCAGAUGCUUAUUAAUAGAAUUAAACAUUUUGGCAUGAAGGUUGGUGUCGCAAUAAAACCUCACACGCCGAUAGAAAAGAUAGAAAAACUUGUUGGCAUGGAUAUGGUUUUGAUAAUGACCGUCGAACCUGGAUUCGGAGGUCAAAAGUUCAUGGCAGAUAUGAUGGAGAAAGUCCGAGUUCUUCGGUCUACACAUCCAUUUUUAAAUAUUCAAGUCGAUGGUGGUGUUAGUUUGGAUAAUGUAGAAAUUUGCGCAAAAGCUGGUGCAAAUGUAAUCGUUUCAGGGACGGGAAUUCUGAAAGCUCCCAGUCCAGCAAUAGCAAUCACUGUCCGUUUUUUUACAUAA